GCAGCAGAUGCGGCUGCUGCGAGCACAGUUUGAUACGACCGAGCGACCUACCGACUGCUGCUACGGCUGCUGUUGUAGGGGUGCCAGUAUUGCUGUGCUGCAUCAUUGUCCCGUAACGUCUGGUGACGCUCAUUUUGGCCCGUUGCAAUCUAUUAGUUAUCGAGCAGUUGGCUCGUCAGUCGUAAUCGCAGAAGCGCUUUCCAACGCAGUCGACUGUCCUGCAGGUGCUUGUCACGGAACCGUGGAGCCGCCGGGCGCCAACACGAUCCUAGUGGAGACGCCAUUCUCGAAGUUUCGUAGCAGUUUGUUUGAGUGAUCGAUCGCCGGCCCUGGUCGCUGGUCCAUCCCAUAAUGACGCACUCAUCAAAGAGCUCGAGUCAUCGGCGGAGAAGGUCUUCUUCAGCGUCCUACCGACGGAAACGACGGUGCAGGGAGCGUUCACGCCAGUUCGCUGAUCACAGGGCGGGUAGCAGUAAGGGUGACCGUUCGCGUUCCCGGUCCAGAUCGCGAUCUCGUUCACCGCUCAGCCGGACUCCGAUCCAGGACGACAGCGAUGGACAUCUGAUCUACCACGUCGGCGAUGUCAUCCGGAAACGCUACACAAUCUUGGCCACGCUCGGUGAAGGAACCUUCGGUAAGGUCGUACAGGUAUUCGACGAGCAAACAAAAGAAAAGCUCGCCCUGAAGAUUAUCAAGAACGUCGACAAAUAUCGGGACGCCGCUAAGCUCGAGAUCAACGUACUGGAGACGCUUAACCGUCAGGACGACGCGAUUGGCCAGAAGCUCUGCGUUCGUAUGCUCGACUGGUUCAACUAUCAUGGACACAUGUGCAUCGCGUUCGAGAUGCUAGGCCUCUCCGUAUUCGACUUUCUCAAGGAUAAUAACUACCAUCCCUACCCACUGGAACAGGUUCGCCAUAUCGGUUACCAACUGAUUCUGUCCGUUUUACAUCUACAUCGCAAUAAGCUGACGCAUACUGACCUAAAGCCGGAGAAUAUCCUCUUCGUCCGUUCCGAUUUUGACGUUCUAUACAACGAAAGGAAAAAGCGUGAGACGCGCCGUGUACGAGAUACAUCGAUUAAGCUAAUUGACUUCGGUUCGGCAACUUUCGACCAUGAACACCAUUCGACGAUUGUUUCAACGCGCCACUAUCGGGCGCCUGAGGUCAUCCUCGAGUUGGGCUGGAAUCAAUCGUGUGAUAUCUGGUCGAUUGGCUGCAUUCUUUUCGAGCUGUAUUUAGGCAUAACACUUUUUCAGACGCAUGAUAACCGUGAACACCUGGCCAUGAUGGAACGUAUUCUCGGUCCGAUACCGUCGAAGAUGUCGAAACGAACUAAGACCAAGUAUUUCUACCACGGACGGUUAGACUGGGACGAGAAGUCGUCUGCGGGCCGUUAUGUACGAAAUCAUUGUAAACCUUUGCAUCGGUACGCAACCACCGGUGAUGAAGAGGUUCGUGACCUGUUCGACCUCAUCCGCAAAAUGCUUGCUUAUGAUCCGAAGGAGCGGCUGUCACUGAGACGAGCCCUUGACCAUCCGUUUUUCGAAGCACUUGACAAUCGUUACCGAAUUCACGGUAGCUGCGGCAUCGGCACGGGUAGUGGUGGUUCGAAACGUUCAGCCGAUGAAGACUCGGCGGCGAUUCGGGACUGCAGUAGCGCUCGACGUUCCUCGAGCCAAGGGCGUGCGAGCAAACGGCGGAGAAGUCUUUCCAGAUGAUUGUUGCUUACUCCACUUCCCAUUUGGUUUAUCUAUUGACACGUUUACCUUAAAAGAUUUCCGAUUUUUAUGUUUAGAGCCGCAAAAAGGCGAACGUACGAUCUGUGCCAGAUCGUACAAGCAUCACCGUUGCGGGAUCCGCUGCUUUCGUAGAAGCAACUGUGCCCACGACAACUAUCCGUAAUUUUUUUUCUAGCAAAUAAGUUAACACAGUGAUGACAACAAUAAUGAUCGAUCAUUAUGCACUAGCAGGUCGUGAAAGAAGCCAAACAACAAGUAAAAUAGUAUAGAUCGCUGCUAUGCACACACCCGUGAUAGGCGUUCGUCCGGCGCAUGUAUUUGUAAUGGGGGACUCCCUUAAUAGAACAUGUCUGGUUAUUAAGAUUAAUAAACUAAUUUAAAACAAACUGAAUAGGCAAAGCAGAGAACAGACUAGGUCCUAAAGUUGUUGGUAUUUAUUGGCGCUGAACAAAUGCUCCCUUUUCAGUAACUCGCCCUAGACUCGAUUGUUUUUCUGGACUCUUCCUAACGUAUGUGCGUAGCUGUUUUUUUCAUGACUAUUACCGAGGUAUAAUGAUUGUCAGUUGUCAUUCUAAGUCGUGCACGUAGUUUUUCAAUUCGACCUCCUAUAGUUACAAUAAUUAAAAUUACUACAGAUAUUUUGAGCAUUCUUUUUGACGAAAAUUUUCUUCGUUAACUCUUAAAAACUAAUUGCUUUAUUCGUCAUUCAUUUAUGAAACUCAGUUCCAUUGAAGGGCGGGGGAGGGUUAUUAAGUGGAAACGGACCUCUAUGGGAAGAGGAAUAGCAAGACGUAAUAGAAUGUUGAUAGGUUACAGAGGGGACUUGUCUAGCGACGACAAAACGAACGCUAAUGCGCUGUUACUAAAUGCUGAUCAGCCUAAGAAGCUUUUUCUACAGAAUCUUUAGUGAUUUAUCGAACGAUGACAAAUUAGCCUGUGUGAUGAACAUUGUUGAGGGUAGCCGUAACGCGAUAUCCGUAUCGUCGUAUAUGCUAGUAGUAAUUUCGGCUGUACAUUCGGCAGAGGAAACAACACUAGUGGGUGUACGUAUUAGAAUUCGGGCAGCAAAUAUAGUAUAGAUAUACUAUCUAGCUGAGAUGGUACCCGGGAAGCGUGUACCUCUUUGGAGAGGGCUAUUAUACCUACGAACAGAUGUGAGCGGCGGAGUACCUAUUAUUGAACUAACCACAAAAAUACAGAAUGGAAGUGGUUGUAUUAGUAUAGACUUAAGAACAUUAAGUUAACAAAAGGGAAUCUAAUACACCUUUUUUGAGAGAAUCAUCCUUUUAGAGGUUGUGCCAUGAGUUGGUUAGUAGCGCUACCAGUAGAAAAGCAAGACAACUGAGAAAAAAGUUGAACAUUAGAAAAACAAGGUUUCGUAUUAGGAAAACGGGGAAAAAAGAUAUCUUCAACGAAAUCUAUUGUUAGCGAAGAUUCGUAUGGCCUCUCGUGUAACCGCCGACACAUCUCAAUGUUGUAAAUACAACUAUAUAUGAGUUCGCAAUUGCAUCAUUAGUAUUAUUCUAACGAUAAUUAGCAAUGAGAGAUGAAAAAGUGGGUGUCCAACGAGGUGUCGACAGUCGGUGUAUCGGGUCUAUUAUUUGCAAGUGUGAAUUUUCAGGUAAUGAAAACCAGUCGCGGACCAAGAAAUCAACGAAAUUAACUAUACAUUAUCAGCUACGAACUUUGUAAACAAAAAAUGAUCGAGUUGCAAGCAAAUUUAGGAGAAAUUACUUAUGAUAACAUUGAUACGUAGAAUUAUUCUCGAUGCUGACAAGCCGAUGUUCUGUUAAUGAGCAUUGUUCAAUAAUUGUGGCAAUAACGUUGUAUGUUAUGUAUACAAAUAGAAAGUGAAUUAUGAAAAAUAUAUUAAAAAUCAUUUGAAUUUAGGAGAGAAUUAGCAUUUUAUGACUUGCGAUUCUUUCAGAAAUCAGGCGGCGCGGGGGGGAAUACGCGAAAAGUCCAGGUCCGCGCGUUCCUCGGUGAACACUCAUAAAUCAUUCAGUCACUAAUCCACCUAUUAUUCACGCCUAUAUGCGUAUACAUGUAAACACACAUACACUCACGCUCACCUUACUCAUAUUGUUACAUGAAAUAGGCGAACUUUGGGUAGGUUUGUUUUAUAGAUUAUGCAUUCUUCAUAACGUAAUCAAAGACAUACAUACGAUAUAAACAUAGACGUUCAAUAAUAUAAGUGGUAGAUUUUUACUCUUUAUUUGCGCUUUAAAAAUACGAAAAAAUCCCGAAAAGUGAGAAAGAGAAAAAAUAUUUAACAACGUAAAACAAAUAUUUCGAAAGUUACGAAAAUUGCGUCAUUAAUUUACAAAUGAGCUUUGUUGCACAGACAUUGCCAGAAUAGUAAACAAUAUCAAUUUAAACUAAGCCCAUUUUAUCACUAUGUUCUAACAUACGACAUUUGUUUAGGUAAUAGGCACACAUAGACAAUUAUGUUUAUUAAGUAGAAUGGCCUUAAAUGUGAUCGCUGUUAUCAAUAUCAUUAACCCCCUGCCAUUGACCUAUGUGGGCGGGUCCCUGUGUGUAUGGAUGGGCGUGUGAACAUGUAGCUUGUAAAUUUUGAUCAGGAUAGUGUUAGUGGAAGUACAUGAUAUCAUCAAUUGUAAUAUAAGUGUGUAUAUAAAGACACUUUGCUUUAAAAUAAAGCAUAUUAGGGCUCUUGCUAAAUAGAAUGUGCUUUGGCGUUUUCUGCGUCGACGCCAUUUGGGUUAAAGGGACAGAUUCGCUUGGCAGUUUACUUAUGCAUAACAAAAUCGGACCUUUAUCACUAUUGUGAUUAAAUAGAAUAAUCUCUUGCGAAUAGGCCUGUCACCGCGAACUUAACCGAAAAAUCGGUGUUAACCGCUGGCGAAUUUUUUGUCUCGAAUUUGUAUUUCAGUAGAGUCAUUCGAAAUGUCCUAAGUUUUUUGCGAACAGGCAGUAUAAUUGUAUUAAUGGCUGAAGUUCGCCUUUCGU